AUGAUUUCAUACCCCGAAUAUCAUUACGACGGCGAUUGUGGUGUAGCGAAGUUUUUUAUGCGCCUCUCCGGUUGGGCUUUCAAUGCAUUUGAGCUCGCAGAGAUACCACAGGGUUAUGUUGAGAAUGGUGACUUUGGACCGCGUGUCGUAAAAUAUGAUUGGUUUGAGUUGCUGGCGAAGUUUCCACUGCUGAUCGUAUUAUUGGUCAUUGCGGGGUUAACGACGCUUUUUUGGCUCUUUUGGCUAUGCUGUACUGUCAGGGGUCUACAAAAAUCUACAAAGAAGCGGCAUCGUUGUUGUCUUUACUUCACCUCUUUCAUGUUGUUGCUUUUAUUGUUGCCACUUGCCAUUGGCUUGUAUUUGACUUUUCGUACGAAUUUUUUACUACGCAGAACCAAAAAUGAUUCUAAAAUUUUUAGGGAUACCGCCAGAUCAGCAUUAGACGAUGAGCAUGCAAAUUAUAUGAAUCAGGCGGAAUAUGAAGUUAAUCCCACACAGUUUUCUAUAGAAGUCAACAAAGUGAUAACUGACGGACUCGCUGAUUGGCAGCAGACAAUAGCCAGGACUGAGCAGAAAAAUUUUGAAAAACUCAAAUAUUUAAACAAUAAUGGAGACUUUUAUUCAACUGCUCUGCAGUCGUUGAGAGAUUAUGCCUACGAGUUGGUAAUACUCGGCAUAGAAAUGGAUGAUUUACUACGCACAGUUGUGCGAGAAGCCUUCAUAUUUCUACAAGCAAACGUCAAAAAUACGUCCUUAAAAGAAAGCAAAAUGCUGCAAAGAGAGCGCAUUAAUGUGUGGCACUUAAAUUCAGUCUAUACGCAAUACUUAUACUCGUAUGAGUACUUAGAGUACCUAUUGAAGGCAUAUGAGAAUAUCUCACUGCUGCAAAAAUCUAUAGCGAAGAGUACACCGAAUGCAUAUGUGAAUGAAAAUGGGUUAUUCAAGACGCCAACUUUGCGACAGCUUCCAAAGCCAUACAUCGACGACAGAUCAUCUACGGAACACCCACAAAUCCUGAAUCCCAUACUGUAUCUAGCGAUGGCUAUGUUUUUUGUAACAGCUGCCCUUGCUUACAUUUUAUUAAUGGCACUCGGAUUCGGUAUUUGCCGUUACUAUGCGCGCGCGAAUUGUAUGCUCAAAAUCUUUCUUUUUCUCAACAUAUUGACCAUACCUGUACUAGCCUUGCUAACAGUCUUACAUUUCCUGCCCGCCAUGGUGUUGCAUACGGGAAUUUGCCACGAGGAUGAACUUCGGGAUCUUCGGGAAAUUUCUUAUCGCAUUCCUGAACCUUGGCGCUGUGAUCCAGUUAAUAAUAUCAAUGCCGACAAAGCUUACGACUAUGAAAAUGCGGAACUGUCGACCACUCAGCAAAUGCGGGAGAAUAUUUUACCCAAAAUCGAGCGCAUGCUACCAAAGAUCAAGAAAAAUCACGACAAUUCCACGAAUAGCCACCAAGUUGUGGUGGAAUUCCCGCAAGAAAAGUGGUACGAAAGCGACAUACAAGGUCUCAUAACUAACGACGACUAUACGAGCUACGCAGGUUACAUAAAAGAGUACAACAAAGAGAAUACAACUGGCGUGGACAUAUUUUCAUGCAAACUAAAUUCCAUACCAAAGGCCGCCAGGACAGAUUUGUACGAUAAAACAUUUGUACCUGUCGCUACCGAACUGAACGAAGUGCUAACCAAGCUCAAGCAACAUGCACAGCCUAAGAGUGACGAGAAUUUUACAAAACUUUUAGAGAGUGCGCAAAGUGAGUUGGUUGUCUUCGAAAAAUUUUAUGCGCUGUCGAAAGUUAAUCUCUUGGCUACAUUGAGCGAAAAGCUGGAUAAAAAUUUGAGAAUGUACACUAAAACUUUACAGUCAGUACCCUGCUACCGUGGUCAACGUAGUGCAAUGAAUGAGUCUUCAAAAUGCGGUUGUCUUGAAGACUUACUGAUGCUCUACGCUAUCGGCAGUGCCCUGCUAGUCUUCACAUUAUUUUUUAUUAUGUUACUUAUACUGUUGCUGUACAAACUCUACAAACGCGGACCACCGAUAUUUGCUUGUACCCAACCACCAAAACCAGAUGGUUGCUUGCGUGCGCCAGUAGCAGUAAGCGGGUCUCCAUGUGAGCAAACUGCAGGCACUGCUGCGCAAUCUACGAUAGAUGGCAGAGAAUGUGCUGUUCCCCAAACGAGCAUGAACUGUGGUGGAGCGCAUGCCGGUACACCACUCAUUAAUACGGUAAACUUUAUACCGCCAGUGAUGGGUGCCUUUGGCUGUCAGCAGAAUCCACCAAUGAUAUAUCCAACAAACUGUCAACAGAGUUCCCCACAGAUGUGUGCAGGAACUAGUCAACGAAAUCCACCACAGAUGUGUGCAACAAGUUGUCAACGGAGCACAACACAGAUGUGCAGUAGCAGUCGAAGAGAUAGCGUUAUUUUGCCCUUGCCAUGUCGCAGCAGAACACAAACGAACUGCGUCGGUGCGGAAGCGCAAUUAGUAGGUGGUGGCACAACAAAAGACAAAACAGUAACCGUAAUGGUUUUUCAAGGACCCAAGGAUCGCCAACCGUUGGUUACAUAUCCACCGCCGCAGACAUUGGAAAAAAAAUAA